AUGCUGUAUACAUUAAUCACCCUUUACUGCACAUUACUGACUUUACCAUUAGUCAAUGCAUCGGGAAGAUCGUUCACCGUUGUACCAACAAGCCAAGAACCAUUGUUAUUAACACUAAACUUGACACAAUUUAUUCAAUGUGCUAAUACCACAAGAGAUCAAGUAACUGUGUGGAAAAGUGGAUGUGGGGAUUAUUUACUUAUGCCAAACAAUCAAACUACUAACUAUGAUGAAGAUGUUUGGUUAGAUUGUGUUGAUCAGCAAGAUGUUGGUGAUUUGGUAGCAAUAAGUGAUGGAACUUAUACUGAAGAUUUAACUAAUGUUGAUCAAGAAUCUGGUGAUUUCUUAUCCUGGAGAGGGUUUCAUUAUGUUGCUGCAGAUUAUUCUUCACAUUCAAAUUCUCAUUCACACUCAUCAAAGAACUAUGCUGUGGUAUUAUUUGUGAUGUUUUUGAUAUUUCAAAUAAUUACAAAACUGAAGAUUCUCUAUAUGAGAAAUCAUGGACAUAUUGUCCAGUCUCUUGAGUGGAACUACAAGGCUAUAAAUGAAAACAUUAUUGGUUACAAACUCAAUUUAUAUGAAAUUUAUCAUAUAUCUAGACCUCAAUAUUAA